GAGACGCCAGGAGUCCUGUCCCCACGGGAAGCAGAAGUGUGAGCGAUGUCCAGAGCGGAGCUUCAAUCAGCUGACCGCUCGCCGGGCCCAAAAGGCCAUGACCCGCUCCUGCAGCGAGGGAGCCUACAGCCAGCGGUGCGGCCCGGCGGGCACGGGCACGGGCACGGGCACGGCCCCGCCCCAGCAGCACCCUGACGUGGUGGGCCGGGUCCACAGCAUGGACGUCUCUAUGGCCUCUGCCACUAUUCCCAGAGCGGAGGUCGUAUCCAGCAGCAGACUGUCUCCCACGUACAGUGACGAUGACUAUAAUGUGCCUUACAACUCGCCAGCAACCUUCCCAUGUCAGCAGCCUCUUGACGUGGUCACUGGGGGCUCCAGGGGAUCCAAGCCCAGGCCACCGGCCCCUCCCAGGAGGUGCUGCAGACAGGAGGACGUCACCAGUGAGGAGCCUCUGACAGACACAAGCGGAUCCAGCCGGGACUCGCCCGUCAAAGAAGAGGAUUUGCUCCCCUCACAGAACUGUCAGGAAACGAGUGAGCACUCAGGGGGAACUAAAGCAGCUCUCAGCGGUUCAGUCCAAGACACUUGUGAUGUGAUCGAGUGCUCCAACCGAGGAGAGAGCUCACAAGGAGAAACAGGUACUGAGUCACCCAGCCACAUCUGCUGCCAGAAACGGAGGGUGGCCCUGAGACGUCAGGCCCGUGUGGAGGUGACCCCAGAUCAGCUGCAGGACCCCUGGGUCAGGCUUUCCGACAGCCCAGAGAACCAGCCCAGCCCCACCCCAUCCACCAUGGCCGACCAUACUGAGCCAGAGGAAAUGGAAACGGCAGACACCAACGGCGUGUCUGAACCACAGAGUGCUUCAACCGUGCCCGAGGAAGUCCCCAGUGGCAAGAAGGGGCCCCCUGUGGCUCCCAAGCCUGCGUGGUUCCGCAAAAGCCUGAACAAGAACAGGCAACUUCCCCCAGAACAGCUGAAACCUACAGAAAACAAGAGUCCAAGUGUUAGCAGGACAUUCGGGGUCAAUUUGCGGUCUACUCCAUCAAAAUCGUCUAUCAAACAGAGGAUCCACUCUUUUGAGACGUUCUCCAGCGCGGAAGGGUCCGAGCGGAGUACCAGGAGAGUGGCUACACCAACAUCACUGCCAGCAGUGGAGAGAACUGCGUGCCAGAGCAGCGCCCCUGUCUCUUCUGACACGAGUACCACAGGAGGGAGCCCAACUGCUUUGAAAAGCACCACUGAUAAAGAGGAGCCACAGCCUGCUACUGUCACCCCAGAGGUCACUCCUGAUCAGCCCUCCGAGGAACCUUCAAAAGACCCAGAACCAGAGGUCACUCCUGAACAGCCCUGCGAGGAACCUUCAAAAGACCCAGAACCAGAGGUCACUCCUAAUCAGCCCUCCGAGGAACCUUCAAAAGACCCAGAACCAGAGGUCACUCCUAAUCAGCCCUCCGAGGAACCUUCAAAAGACCCAGAACCAGAGGUCUGCCAAACCACACUGGAUAAGGAGCCCACUGAGGAGACUUCCACCAGCCCCUCCGAUGAGGCAACCACUUCCGAGGCAGAUCAGGAAACAGCCUCUCCUGCAGAGUCAUCCGCUUCGACUCACUGCCCCAGAAGAGCCAGCAGCUCAAAGGGCACCCUGUCUGACAAGCCACCGGCGUCCGAAGGAGAUGCACCACACCAGGCCAGCCUGAGGACUCAAAGCCUGCCCUUGAAUGCCUCCCCGUCUCCAGAGUACACCGGUGUUAAGGGCCUAGAUGGGGAGAGCCUGGGGAAGAUCCUGUCCUUCAGUAACCAGGUGUCCAAUGCCUUUAUGCGGUCUAUGCAGUCCCUGCCUCAGUCGCCCUGCAUCAGGCCUGGUAAUCCUUGGCCUACUCAUGCUGCGUUGACUCCCGACUCUGAAGACCAGGAAAUGACAGACAAGGUGCCCCUAUCCCCUGCAGCUGACAACAAUGAGAAGGGAUUCUCUGUAAGCCUGGCAGAGCUCAGAGAGUGCACCAUGGGACGGGGUGAAGAUGGCACAGGGGAGGGCCGGGCCCAGACCACACCCUCCUCCGCCUGCGCUCAGUCCAUGAUUUCAGCCAUUCCCCAGGAAGAGGUUGACCGGAUGAUUGAAGAGGUCAAGGCACUGGACGAGGAGACUCUGAAACAACUGGAGGAGAUCCACGUGGUGAUCUUACACAAGGAGGAAGGAAUAGGUCUGGGCUUUAGCAUCGCGGGUGGCAUAGACCUGGAGAACAAAGCCACGACAGUGCAUCGCGUGUUCCCGGCUGGACUGGCCGCGCAGGAGGGCACAAUCGAGAAGGGCGACGAGGUGCUGUCCAUUAAUGGGCAGACACUGAAAAACGUGACCCAUAACGAUGCCACGGCCACGCUCAGGCAAGCGCGCGGCCUCAGGCAGGCGGUGGUGGUGGUGUGCAAGAACAGGGAUGGCACGGGCGCGGCCAGCAGCGGCGCUCACGUCUCCAGCGGCAACGCAGGCCUAGACAACUCCUUCACGGCGGAUGAAACAGGUGACGUUGUGACGCUGACCAUGGAGAAGAAUGCGGGGGGAGUUGGGUUCAGCUUGGAGGGAGGAAAGGGCUCCAUCCAUGGAGACAGGCCGCUGACGGUCAGCAGGGUCUUCACAGGUGGAGCUGCUGAGCAGAGAGGGAUGCAGGUUGGGGAUGAGGUGCUGCAGGUGGCAGACUCGUCCUUGCAGGGCCUCUCGCGCUUUGAGGCCUGGAACCUCGUGAAGGCUGUGCCAGAGGGACCCUUCACAGCCAUCAUAAGGAGGAAGAGCGAAGAGCAGGAGGGAGAAAAGGAGGCCGAGUGAACCCACCUAUUUCACCACACAUGCCAAAACCUUAGAGCACUGAUAACAGCUUCAUACACUCAAUACAGGCAAGAAUAAUUACAGAUUACUAAGCAAUUCAUAAAGACAGGUCAGUUUGGUCACUCGUACAGAGGAUUGUAGUGUGUGUGUGAGGAUGUAUUUUUUUCACUAACUGCUCAGGGUGGCUUCCCAUGGGCACUUUAACAUGCGGCGCAUUUGGAGGUACUCCGCUAACACAGCUUUUGUACUGUUCAAUUGUCAUGUUCAGGGAUAUUGGAAACCUGUUCAGUUUCAGGUUAACAUCGAAAAUUUGCACAGACUAUGU